AGGAACUUCGCGUUACUGUUUUAAUAUUCAUGAGCCGGAAGACGUUCAGUUUGAGUAGAUUACCCAAGAUGCUCGGCGUGCUUGUAGCAGGGGGGAAUGUGUGACAAUGGCAACAAAUACUACAGCAAAUAACCCAUCUUUCGACUGUCCAACAUGGGCAGGGAAGCCUCCAGCAGGACUGCAUUUGGACGUGGUGAAAGGAGACAAACUUGUUGAGAAACUGAUCAUUGAUGAAAAGAAGUAUUAUUUGUUCGGGAGGAACCCAGACAUCUGUGACUUCACCAUCGACCAUCAGUCGUGCUCUCGCGUGCAUGCGGCCCUCGUCUACCACAGGCAUUUGAAAAGAGUGUUUCUCAUCGACCUCAACAGCACACAUGGUACGUUCCUCGGACACAUUCGCCUGGAGCCCAACAAGCCCCAGCAGGUUCCCAUCGACUCCACCAUGUCGUUUGGCGCAUCCACACGUGCUUACACCAUUCGGGAGAAACCUCAGAGUCAGCCGGGCUCCGGCGUCGGGGACAGUAAAACCGGGGACGACGAGGAGCUGAAGGGUCUUCUGGGACUUCCAGAGGAAGAAACUGAACUGGAGAACCUGACUGAGUUCAACACCGCUCAUAACAAGCGCAUCUCCACCCUCACCAUAGAGGAGGGCAACCUGGAUAUUCAGAGACCCAAGAGGAAAAGGAAGAACUCCAGAGUGACCUUCAAUGAAGAUGAUGAGAUCAUUAACCCGGAGGACAUCGACCCCUCUGUUGGACGUUUCAGAAACAUGGUCACAACAGCUGUGGUUCCUAUUAAGAAGAAGAAAAUGGGCGGAGGCAAUGCGCUGGGAAUCGAGGAAUCCAUGACCCGACACAUGCAUGCAUUCCCUAUGCAAGGUGGACUCUACAGAGACCUUCCCCCUGCCAGUCACGAAGCUCAAUCCCCAGGAGCUCCCGGCGGAGCCACAAUCCUGGGAGGACUGCCGUUACCCCUGCCCAACCCGGCCCCGGACGUGGACCUGGCCCAGGAGGCCCCGCCGCCUCCGCUCGUGCUCAACCCCACGCCGUUACCCGGCCCCUACGUCUCCGACCCUCUCAGCGAACCCCGCAAGAAGAAGUACGCUAAAGAGGCAUGGCCUGGCAAGAAGCCCACGCCGUCUCUGCUCAUUUAGCUGUGUAUUACUAAUACAAGACUCUUCUAUACUCGUGAACUCAAUCUUGAAGAAGCUGGCAAAUGGACUUUGAUUUCAACUGCGCUACAAGAAUCUGAUUUUUUAAAAGGUCUUUCCUCCUAAAAUGAGCAUUGGCUCACUCUCGUGUCAUUCCAGAUGCAUAGUACUUUCUAAUUCAGUGUCUAAAGUGCAUUUUGACUUUUCCUUUUUCCUGACACAGAAUGAUUUGGUCAUGGUCUUAUAAAUCAUCUGUUGCUCUGUUUUGUCAAAAGAGCUGCUUGGACAUUGUGCAUUAGCUCUUUUGUGUAUCAUAGGAACGUUGCAAUGACAUGAGGGUGAGUAAAUGAUGUAAUUUAAUGCAUUUUGAUUGAUCUAUUUCUCUAAAAUGCCAGCGUGAAAGUGAGAACCUAAUGAAAACCAAACACAAGUACAUAACCUGAUCCAAACAGCAAAAUCUGUCAUGUUUAGCCUAAGAUGGAAGGGGGGAUAACUUUUAUAGUGUACUCUCUUUUUUUUUUUUUUUUUUUUUAAUAUUACUAUUUAUGUAAAAUGUUCUGAAAAUUGACCAUUAGACAGCAAGAAGUUGUUUCAAACUAGCUGUUUGGCCAUCACACUUUUACAUGAGCAUCAUUAAUGCAGAUGAUAGAUCUGGUCGAUCUUCCACAAACCCUGUAUUUGGUUUCAAAACUGAUGAAAUUCUGCAAUAUUGUAACACUUUACCUUCUGAGGAUCUGUGCGGUUUCACACCGUAUUAGUUUCAUUCACUCGUUCCCCCUUAAUAUACAAACUGAGGGCAGCAGCGUUUCAAAUGAACUGUUGGUUGAUGGUUCAUCAGGGCUCAAUGCAUACGGUCUUCACUGUAAAAAAAAAAAAGGAAAAGACAGUUUUAUACUCCUGUUCUGUUUGGUACAUUUGAUGUUUGUACAUACAUUCACAAUAAAAGCCAGUGUAUUUUUAUAUAUUUAUACUGAUGCCAGAAGUCUUUACAUUUGAAUCGAGGGUGGCUGCUCUUCCUAUUUUAUAUUCAUGACGGAGCGGUUAAUUUUCUCCACAACCGGUUUGACUACCAAUCAAGAUGUCCGCAGCCAUGUGAUUUCUGGUUCAAGACCAUAAUGCUGAUUAUCAGAAGUUGUCCAUUCUGGCUUUUCAUUGCUACAGCAUGCCUUUACUUUACACAAGCACCUUCCUGACAGGAACAGACACUAUUAUGUUUACAAAUACCGCUGUAAGCAGCAAUUACGGGUCUAGUACAAUACACCUACACCAGAAAGAGUAGUUUGUGAGACCAGCGAUGAAUUUAGGUAGUUAGCUUUGACAGUUAAACUGAUUUGAAAACCUUUGCUGUCUCACUUCCUCUUCUUCAUCAGCAUACUUUAUUUCUGGAAACUGAUGUCAAACCCCAAACCUGCAAUUGGUGGUUUUUAUGAGGUUUCGGUUAGUCUAUGAAAGGAGCCACUUUUGAU